UGUCUGUCUGCGGAUUGAUACUCACCAUGUGGCUCUGAGGUGCGGUCAUGUGGUGCGGAUGUAACGGGACAACAGAGACCGUCACACCGGGGGGACCAGGAAGUUUUCACCGGGAGGCUGUCGGUCUGGAAAGAGCACGUUGUUUGUCAGUAUGACAGACACUGACGAUGACCACGAGCAGCUCCAGAGGGACGCCCAGUUCCUGUGCUCAGAUCAGAGGAUGGACACUGAACUGGUUGACAGACUGGUGCUGCAGCUGAACAGGAUCCACCCACAGAUACUCAGUGACAAGGAGGCCCACAGGUUCAGGAAGCUGAGCGUGCCCACCAAGGUGAGGUUAGCUGAUCUAUUAAAGCACCUGCAUGGAAAGGGCAAGGAGGCAUGUCUUGAAUUCUACAGAGGGCUUCACAUCCACGCUGAGGACGUCUACUCCAACCUGCCCACCAGAAUCAUACAGAGAGAAGUGGCCGAUCCAAAAUGGAUUAAGACUGCAAUCCACCCAGAGAGAGCUGUGCUUAAUGACAGAGGACCAAUGUUCUUCCUGAGCUGUUUCAGUUUUGCAGUCGGUAUCGCGAUACUCUACUAUUACGGAGAGGGUGAGACUCUGAGAGGCACUGGUCCGCUUCUUCAUGGCUCUGCAGCAAGAUUUAGUAAAGAUGUUUUAAUUUCCUACGCUGUGGUUGGAAAGCAAAAAAAAUGAGGCCGUUAAGAUGCUGAAAUGAUUAAGAAGUAUCCCUGUGAGAAGAACACGCUGUGCCACUUUGCUGUGCCAAACUCGUACACACUUGGAGAGCUAAGAAUUAUAUGAAUUUGUAAGCACUAAUUGACUUGUUUUUUAAUCUGAAGCUGACAUCAACGCAAGUCAUCCUGUCUUGAAAUCCCAAAGCUGACAUCUCUUUACAUGAAAACAUUUUUUUUUAAUGAGUCUUAUCUGGAUUUGUUGCGUGUACAGAACAAUAAUAAUUCCAAUCACAUUAUCAGCUAAAAUGAAGCGUAAUAUGAACAUCUGUGUUCAGUCACUCUGGCUGAUUAGACUGCUCAGCUUAAAGCUGGGUCGGAGCUAUUACAUCGUGUCACCAAACUCUAUGUGCUAAUACGAAUAGUAAAGGGAGAAGCUGUCCUGCCCUAAAAGGUACAACUAAACCAACAGGAGGGCAAGGGAGAUGUCAGUCAAGCACAGUUUGUACACACACACUGUCCUGAACUAAAUAGGCAACAUACAUGAAAACACCUGUGUUAGAGUGCAGGAACCAAGUACUGUAGCACACACUUUAAUAGGCUACUCUAUCAAAAAGUAAGCACAACUACAAGCCAAGUAUACCUCUCUGUAGGCCUAUAAGGCAAGAAUACUUAGACUUUUCUGAUCUCUGAUAAGUACAUAGAAAGUAAAGUGAAAGUAUACUCUCUUAUUUUAAGUUUAAAAGAAGUAUACUACACCACACACUUGAAUACACUUCUUUUUGGUAAGGGUUCAAUUGAAUUUAACAGUGCCGUGCACGUAAACACACACUACAGUGCAGUUUCUCAUACGCACAACAGACAUUUCCACCCGCUCACCCACUUUCAGUGCCUUCUAAUACUGUGAUAAAGAGACUCUUGAAAAAUCUAAAGUGCACUAUAAUAAUGUUUUUGCUCCAUUAAAGCACAUUUUGACAUCA